CCCUGCGCAGGCUCAGGAGCUCGCAGACCCCAGGCGCCUCCGGGCAACCGGACGCCAACCACGGCGGAGGGAGCAAGGAGGUUGCCGUGCACCAGCCAGUUAUGGCCUUCACCUCCAAUACCCUAAGGGAAGGCCUGGGACCUGGCAGUUCGGUGGUCACCUCGAAACGAACCCGGAAGACAUCAUCUUUUCAAAGAGAAGGAUGGUGGAGAAUAGCAUUACGAAAUACACCUAUCCCUGGCACUUACCACUUGAAAACUUUUAUUGAAGAAUCCCUAUUAAAUCCAGUGAUAGCAACCUACAAUUUUAAAAACGAAGGAAGAAAAAAACCAUCUCUUGUGCAAAGAAACGAUCCAGUACUAAAUGACCUUCCCCUGUAUGUACCUCCUGACUUCUUGGACUUGUUAAAGAAGCAAGGAGCCACUUACUCAUUUAAAGACAAACCACGGCCAAGCCCCAGCAUGCUGGUUUACAAAGAUCAGUCAGUUAAGCUUUCACCAGGGCAAUACGAUCUACUUCCUGCACCAGUUCCCAAGCACGCUUCCAGGAGCUUCGUAUUUCGUUCUGCAGUUCAAAGAUUUCCAACAAGCUGCUUCACUCCUCACGAAGGCCCAGGACCAGGUCAUUAUGACUUGAAAAUACCUCAAGCAAAUCCUGUGACUUCUUGUUUUCAGUCUAGAGUACCUCGAUUCCUGUCCACCCGUUCUGGCCAGUGAGCUGGUGCUGUGUAGUGUCUUCAGAAGGCGGUGGAAAGAAUGCUGGCUCUGUAGGCCAGGACCUAGGUUCUCAGGCACCAUAACCUCUCCACCUUUCAUGAGGACAAGACCCACCUCCCAAGGUUGUCGACUACCAAAGGAGCAAUGUGACAAGUAAAGUGCCUUAUAACACUUAUACCUUAUACACUUUGUUUCGUGCAGAGAAAACAUUAGGAUAGUUGCUGCCACUUUGAUUCCAAGAAAGCAGCCAGUUAGUAGUAGAGCAGUGCCUUUGAGUCCGGGCUGGAUGCUGACUCCAUCACAGAAGCCAGACUGCAGCUCCUUUGGCCCCAGGUCCAUGCACUGCAGUCACUGCCCUAGGGCACCUGUGUGGGAGUCAUUCCUGGAGCCACCUCCAAUGGGUCUCUGUCCUUUGCAACUGGAAGAGACUGAUAAAAAUUCCAAGAAAUUUCUUGCAGGGGGCUGAGAGCAGGAUACUCUCCCCGUCACAGCCUUCCCAGCCUCCAUAAUCCUUCAGAUCAGUGUCAUGGGGGUUGGUACCACAGGUCGCUUAUGUGUGAGGCUCCCUGAUUAUGGGUUGCCAUCAAGAGCUGGCAGCAUGGGCUGGGGGAGGUUUGUUUAGUUGGAAGCUUCCCAAGGCUGAGAAAUAUUUGCAUGGUGAUGACAUCUGAGCGCCCCGUGGGGGAGCAAAUGCAACAAUGAGCACUUUGGUAUCAGAAAGGAGUCUGGGUGUUGGUGGCUGAAAUUCCAUUCAUAUUUAUGCCUGUAGAUAAACACUAUUAAUACUGAAGGGCUGUGUCCUAGAGUGUGGUGGGGGUGUUGGAGGUCCACGGGGCGACCGUGCAACCCUGAGUCUUUUCCCCAGACUCCAGCCCUUGUUCUGGCACCAAGUUUGUAUGUGGACACGGGGUUUGUAUGUGAACAGGGGGUCUGCCGACAGGACCCAGGGGUCAGGAAAUGCCUGGGUCUCCACUACUGCCUGACUUUCCCACAUCUGACCAACUAAUGUCAGCUUGUGUCAGGAAUAGGAAGGUCUCCUCUCCCUCCAUUCUCUUCUUGGUAAGAUGAGCUUUCUAGACCUUUCUCCAGGGCUGGCAGACAAUGUGACACCACCUAUGGCCUCAGGCAACAUUUUAAUGCUCACCAGGGUCCUUCAGCUGGGGGUGAGGGUGGGAAAUAAACAAUCUGAUACUAAUUGUUAAAUCACUGAAGACUGUUUCCUAAAGUAUUAAAGUGAAAGCUGGCACCCACCAGCUCCAAAAAAGGCCGUUCCUCUCUGGAACAGCAAAACCACACCCCAAGCGUAGGGCUGAGGUUGGGAGCAGAGGCCAGACUGCUGUGAGGCCACAGGAGUGGGAAGUUCUUGUGUAGGCCAAGUUCUAGGGGAAGCCUCCAGGGCAGGUGGCUGCAGUCCUGGGGGUGCAUCAGUUGAUCCCUUGGGGCACGUGAAGAAAAUAGAGCUUCUGUGCAAACUUACGUCAUCCUCCAAAACUUUGAUGCAUGUUUAUAACGUGUAUGUAGUCUAUUAGAAAUGGGUGUAACACGUUUUAGGAGCAUACUGGUAUGGACUUCAUAGCGCAGGUGGCGGACCAGGAUGCAUGCAGCCGGGAUCCUCACCACGCAGCCCUCUCUUGGUGCUUCUCCUCCAGGUGCUGGAGAUGCUCCACCAGCAGUGCCCACAGGGCAUGCUCUCUUGUUUGGAUGACCAGUCUGGCCCUGGUCUCUCCCAGCUGGGCGCUAGAGAGUUAGCAGGAGGCUCAGGCCCACCUGAGUUACAGGUGGCAGGCCGCCUGGACCCCCCUCUACCUCCUUCCACCCACCUCCAGGUUUCAGCACCUCCCUAGCCCUCUCUGCUCUCACCUGCUCAAACCAAAGUCUCUUCCUGCGCCCCUCCCUCCCCCGCACCCCUCCCACUAGUGUGGCCUGUCCUGGUGACCUCUCAGACUUCUCUCCUCCAUGCCAUACUCCCCCUUCACUAGGCGCUCAAGUCCUGUUCUAGGAUACCUGUUGGAUGAAAUGAACACGCUGUGUCCCUUUCAAGGGUCUCUUUAUCCAAGACCUUUAUUUCAAACUGCCAGCAGCUUGGCCCAGCCCUCUGAGGCUUCUCCAGAGGAACGCUGCAAGCCAAAAUGCAUUUGGUGCCUCUCCUAUUACCAAUAACUGACUACCAAUCUUUGGGCACCCUGAGGCAAAUCAAUAGCAUUUGCUUUUUCUGUUUAGUUUUUUUCCUAAUAGAAUUUCAGAUAAAAAUAGAUCUCUAUCACACACACACA